UAUUCCAGGUUGCAUUCUUGGUGAUGUCUUGAGACGAAAAAAAUAAAAAUAAAAUUUGGCUGUGGCGACGACGACCGAAGUUUCAAUGAAGAAGGAGAUUUUAUUUUCAGUUCAUUUCUUUAUUUGGUUAAUAAAAUUGCCAUCGUUUUCACAGGCGAUUUAAUUGAGACCCACUUUUAUAAGAGGGCAAUUAUGAAAAGAAAAUACGUUAAAUUAUAAAUUAAGUACAGUGCAUUAUGAAGUGUAGUCUUCACUGAUUUAUUUCAUACAACAUUUAUGUUCCAAUCGAGAGUGGAGGAUCACUAUUAUAUCUCACUUCUCUCAAAUAUAUCUCUCUCUCUCUCUCAACUGAGCAGUUUCUCUGUUUCCUUUCCUACUUUUUCGCCUCCAUUUUUCACGGUCGUCGGCGGCUAGUUGGUAGACCAUUUCUCACAAAUAAUAUGACGUCGUGGAUUUUUCUAGUAUUUUCACUCAUCCUUAUGCCUGAUACUACUCUAGGCAUAAUGAAUAAGCAACUAAGAGUAGGUACUUCAUUAAACUGUGACACAGUGGACUACAACACCGUCUUCCCUAAGGCCAUGUUGAGACACAAUCUCUUGGGCUGUCUCUUCUUGAGGAUUCUUAAUUUCGUCUACAAGAUUAACGUAACAUACGUAUUCCUGGAGCCACAGGAGAUAGAUGAGAUAGGCGCCCAGACCCUACUGGGUAACGGCACCAUUGACAUCUACGCGCGGCCCGUGGCCCUCCGGUUGGACACUGUGGGCCAGGUGUACCCAGUGCAUGCUCUGUUUGUAUGGAGGGUAGGCUUCCUUCUCCGUCGGGAACAUAAGCAGCGUAUGCUGAGGAUGUUCUUCAGCAAACCCUUCAACAACACCGUGUGGUCGUGCCUGUAUGCCAUGACUUUCAUCGCGGCCACUAUCUUCUUCAUCCUCAGUCGCUGGGAGAGGAGGCUGGGCAAUGAGGGGGAAUGCAGCUUUGUGUUCGAACUGCUACUGACUAUUGGAGGAUUCUGUCAGCAUAUAUUCCCAGUAGAGACAACCAGCGUACCUCGUCGCACUGCACACUUCGUGUUUUUCUUAUUCACCUACGUCAUAUACACAUUCUACACCUCAAACCUCCUCUCCCACUUGGUGAUCGACAAGGAAGACAACUUUGAUUUAGAGGAGUUGUCUCAGAGCGACUACAAUUACAUGUAUUUGGACGACAUAAAGGAUUAUCAGAAACGGUUGUCAAAUAAUAGCAGUAUAUUCGAGCAUAUCCGUGAUUUCCAAGUAGUGAACAUAUCCACGGGACUCGAAGCUGUGAGGUCGAACAAAACGGCCCUUCUGUCAGACUUCGUUAUGGUGAAUCGCGAUUUAGCUAAACGAUUCAAUUAUAAAGAAAUUUGCGAUAUAUUUGAAAUAGACUUAUUUUCGAAGCUUCCAAAAUAUUUGGUCGUUUCUAAGGAUUUCCGCUUUAAAGAAGAAAUUAAAAUCAGCGCUCUCCGAAUGCAGGAAGCAGGUCUCAUCCAACGCCUGGUCUCUGUCACCAUCGCCUCUCCCGUGGACUGCUCGUUAGCAGCCGAGGUCACCACCAGCAUACAACAGAUUUCAGGUUUGCUGGCGGUCCUAUUCGGCUGUUACAUCCUCACUGGAGUCAUGCUUGUGUUCGAGAAGAUUCAUUACUGCAGGAAUAGGGUGUGGCCGUAUGUCGAGUGA